AUGUCGUGGUAUAUACCACUUGCCUCCACGCCCAGCUCCAGUUCGAAGCGCCAUGAAACACUAGGGCUGAAGAUCGCACUGAGGAUGAGGCUUCUGGGUCCCUCAGCCAGUGGUUGAACAAGAGCGGACCCUGCCUGUAACCCUGCUGGCCACAGAGGUGAGUCCGGAGGGGAAGCUGGGGACUGGGAGGUGAGAUCGCUGCGCUUCCCCCAGGACUCAGACAUGGGGUGUCCUCAGCCACAGCUCCUCUUGACUCUGCUAAUCGCUGUGCUGCAGUGUGGUGAGGGGGCUCCAUCCUGGCAUGUGGUCCUGCCCUCCUCCCUGAAGGCCCUGCAGAGCUCCUGCGUGGUCUUGCCCUGCUCCUUCAGUGCCCCACCAGAAGCCAGGCCCCCCUACAUCAUCACCUGGUACCUGUACCGCUCCAUGAGGUACCCCGAGGUCUUCCGCAGCUCUGCCACGGCCAGUGGCCAGGGUGAUGCCCAGACCCGCUGGAAGCUGCAUGGGGAUCCGGCCCAGGGGGAGUGCAGCCUGCGGAUCAACCCUGUGCUCCCCAGCGAUACAGACGUCUACUACAUCUGGAUCAACUUCGAGGGAGGGCACAAAGGCUUUUACGACAAAACUCUGACCUUGACCUUGCAAGAAACUCCGGAGCCUCUGCAGCUGACUGACUCCGGGGAGCUGAAGGAAGGGGUGCCCGCCACCCUCACCUGUUCUGUCCAGCACACCUGCCCCUCGGACCCCCCUACCCUGAUCUGGUCUGGCCAGGGGGAGGCCGCCAACGUGAGCCACCAGCCUCUGCGGGAUGGGGUGUGGCGGCUGAUGUCCCAGCUGCAGCUGCUGCCCUCAGCCUCUGACCAUGGGCGCCUUGUGGAGUGCAGAGUGCUCUACCCCAGCGGUCAGCGGAGCCAGGCCAAGACAAACCUCCAAGUCAAGCACCUGCCCCGGGCAGCCCAGGUGUUGAUACAGGGUUCUGGACCACUGAUCGAGGGCGGCUCUGUCACCCUGCGCUGUACCUGCCAGAGCCACCCACCGGCCCAGGGCUUCCGCUGGACCCAGGGGCCCACACGUGCGAGCGUCCCGGGGGCCGGAGACCUGGACACCGUGAAAGUGACGGGCCUGCUCCGUGACACCGGACCCUAUUACUGCGCCGGGAUCAACGAGCUGGGGGUCGGGGAGGAGUCGGCACCGCUGAGCCUGGACCUCCAGUACAAGCCACUGCUCCUGCCCCUGGGAAACUGCUCAGCACAGCCCGAUGGGGGAGUGACGUGCCACUGUGGGGCCCGGGGGAACCCGAACCCAAGCCUCCAGUGGCUUCUGCCUGGCGUUGCCCACCCCGUGCCCAGCGACUACAAUGACUCGGCCGUGAGUGCGGUCUCCUCGGCCUGGGAUGGGGCUGUGCUUGGGGAGCUCCGGAUGCCCGUUUCCCCGCCUGGGAACGUGACCUGCCGGGCACUGAACCUCCAUGGCCACAGCGAGCUGCUGCUGCCCCUGCUCCCUCUGCCACCCUCAGAGCCAGAACAGCAGCUGCUUAUGGCCUUGGGGGCCAGUGGGGCCGGGGUGCUGCUGCUCCUGAUCCUGGUGAUUGUGGUCUGCCGGUGGAUCCGAAGCCGAAAACAUGGGGCGCAGUCUCCCUUGGGACUGAGCCUGCAGGAAGAAAACCAGGCUGGGGGAAAGCUGAGCCAGAGCCCCAGCAACGGGGAGACCGGAGAUCUAAUCCACACGUAUCACACCCGGCGGGGGCCAGAACCACCCCUCUCACAGAAGCUGGCAGGGGAGAAGUUUGAGAUUCCAGACCCAGAUGCUGAUUAUGAGAACUUUGAAGUGUUUGCCGGAGGUAGCCAGCCCCACCACCUGACUGAGCAGAUAUACUCCAACAUGUGACCUCGAGCGGCCCCCCGCCCCAUUUUUCAGAGGGGUGAGGGCCUACCACUCCCAGCCUCGCCCAAC